GUGGGUCGCAUUCGUUCGUGAAAGUCAUUCACUUUGAUUAAUUGUAGUUGAAUCGAAGUCGGUCGGUCGGUCUUCGUCCUCGAAUCGGUAUCGAUCCACGGCUAGAAUUUCUAGCGCUUCAAUUCUCGUUUCCCUAAUUUUCACAUCAUCGGACCUUCAACGACGAUCGUUUAUUUUCUGCCCCUUCGUCCCGAUGGCAAUUGCAUCCGAAGAGACCACAAGCAUAUGCAAUCACUGCGGCAGAGCCAUUCCGUCGUCAAAUAUUGAUCUGCAUUCUGUUCAUUGCGUGCGGAACCUAGAAAAAUGUAAAAUAUGUGGCGAUAUGGUUCCUAAAAGACAGGCGGAGGAGCAUUUUCUGAACACACAUGCUCCGGUUUCCUGUUCGCUGUGUAGUGAGACCAUGGAAAGGGACAUUUUAGCCACUCAUAAAGGUGAAAAUUGCCCCCAAAGGAUUGUCACUUGUGAGUUCUGUGAGUUCCCAUUGCCAGCAAUAGAUUUGGCUGAGCAUCAGGAAGUAUGUGGUAACCGGACUGAACUUUGUCAUCUGUGUCGGCGAUAUAUAAGACUACGAGAAAGAUAUAGCCAUGACAAUAAUUGCAAGGGUGUUGCUGCAGCAGAUAACAUUGCAGAAUCUUCCAGGGAUGUGGGGGUGGCACCAGAAAGAGAGCGCCGAGAUCACGGCGCUCGAAGAAGACAGCCGCAGGAGUUUUCUACCCGACGUCUUAUAUUCACCAUUGCAAUUACAGGCAUUGCCGUCCUAUUAGGAUCCCUAUUUUUCCAGAGAAAGGCCGGGAACGACGUCGUACACUGAUUUGCUGGUGAGCUUACCACAGAUCCUUCAUAGUGGAGAAUGUUCUCCAUGUAAAAAAAAAAGUUUCUUGUUUAAAACGUAAUAACUUCCAUUUUUCUGUACCGAGAAUAUUAGAUAACUGCUGUUUUAGCUUAUAUUAUCAAACUCAUGGGGGCUCGGCCUGAUGCUCUCUACUCCUUUGUUCUUGGGGGUUUCACUUGGCCGUAAGUGUAUUAAUCUUGGUUGGAAGUACAUCUCGAUUUAUUCUACCAAUAUAAGAUUUUUUUAGUGCAACAAA